UUGCAGACUGGCGCAGAAGGAGACUGUACGGUAUGAAGUGACUGGAGGGCCAGAUUUCCUGCCUCUCAAAUCUAUCUAAGGCCUUGUGGGCUGUAAAAAUAAAGCUAACCAGUUUUGUUCUCUUUUUGAAUUUUUAUGUGUGAUUACAUUGAGUGAAGAGUUUUUGAGUCGGUGGGAAAAUUUUCUUGCAACGAGUUCUUACUGCUAGAAAACGAAAAGCUAAGGCGAAAUAUGGAGGGAGGCAAGAGAUUUCGGGUAUGAAUAGUUUAUUUCCUUCCCAAUGAUUGAGCUGUUGCCUUGUAGCAAGUGAGAGACACUUUUAAGGAACCUGUGGAAGUGAAGAUGAAAUCGGUGAAUGAUAAUAACAACGGAAGCAAUAAUAACUGGUUGGGAUUCUCUCUCUCACCCCACAUGAAAAUGGAGGUUGCUUCUGAUCCCCAACAUCAUCAUCACCAGUACCAUCAUGAACCUCAAGCUCCGUCUGCUGUUUCUAGUGCUGUUCCUACAGGUUUCUACCUGUCCUCUUCUCAUUUCAACAGCUCUGGAAUCUGCUAUGGCGUUGGAGAAAAUGUUGGCUUCCACUCUCCCUUGUCUGUUAUGCCACUCAAGUCUGAUGGCUCUCUUUGUAUUAUGGAAGCUCUAAAUAGAUCACGACCUGAAGGGAUGGUACCGAGUUCAUCACCGAAGCUGGAAGACUUUCUGGGCGGUGCAACUAUGGAAACUCAGCGGUACAGCAGCCACGAAAGGGAAGCAAUGACCUUAAGCCUUGACAGCAUGUAUUAUCAUCAAAACUCAGACCUACAGUUCUCAGUUCAAAACCAUCCAUACUAUAGUGGAAUGGCCUGCCAUGGCAUGUACCAACCCUCACUAGAGGAAGCAACCAAGGAUGCUCAUUUUGCUGAUUGUGAUUCCCAGAUCCCUCAAAUAGCGAAUGAUGAGAUGCCUCUCUUAAACAACUGGGUAGCUAGACAGUAUCCCACUCAUAAUGCACUGGAGCAACAACUUAAUAGCGGCAUGGUUGAUGACGGAGGAGCCUCGGUGUCAGUUGGUCCUAUAGGUUGUGGGGAUUCACAGUCUCUCAGCUUGUCCAUGAGCCCUAGUUCUCAGUCCAGUUGUGUUACAGCGCCAAUACAAAUCUCAUCACCUAGGGGCACUGAAUGUAUGGCCAUGGAAACAAAGAAGAGAGGAUCUGCAAAAGUGGGUCAAAAGCAAACUGUUCAUAGGAAGUCCAUUGACACAUUUGGGCAAAGAACAUCUCAAUAUAGAGGUGUUACCAGACAUAGAUGGACGGGUAGAUAUGAAGCCCAUCUCUGGGAUAAUAGUUGCAAGAAGGAGGGCCAGACCAGGAAAGGAAGGCAAGUUUAUCUGGGGGGAUAUGAUAUGGAAGAGAAAGCUGCAAGGGCUUAUGAUCUUGCUGCCCUUAAAUACUGGGGACCUUCUGCACAUAUUAAUUUUCCGUUGGAAAAUUACCGGGAAGAGCUUGAAGAGAUGAAGAACAUGAGCCGUCAGGAAUACGUUGCGCAUUUACGACGGAAAAGUAGCGGGUUCUCCAGGGGAGCCUCAAUUUACAGAGGAGUAACAAGACAUCACCAGCAUGGAAGAUGGCAAGCAAGGAUAGGCAGGGUUGCAGGAAACAAGGACCUUUAUCUUGGGACAUUCAGCUAUCUUUUAUUAAAAUGCUGCGUUGAACAAAUUCCAGGCACCCAAGAGGGAGCUGCUGAGGCUUAUGAUGUUGCUGCAAUUAAGUUUAGGGGAGUUAAUGCUGUGACUAACUUUGACAUUACAAGAUAUGAUGUUGAGAGGAUCAUGGCAAGUAACACUCUGCUAGCAGGAGAGCUAGCCAGGCGAAAGAUAGAGACUGAGACGAGUAAUGGGGCAAUUGUUUAUAACCCAUAUGCACAAACCGGUGGUGAAACCAUACAGCUUCCAACUAGCCAUGGCAAUGGCUCAGAUUGGAAAAUGGCUUUCUACGAGUCACCCCAGCAGCCACAGUCCAGUGCCUGUGUUGAUUCUCUCGAUCAGAAGUCCACGUGUGUGGGGAACUAUCGCAGUUCCUCGUUUUCAAUGGCAACGCAAGAUAUUAUGGGUAUUGAUUCAGUGAACUCUUGCCAGCCAGUGAUGGAUGAGUCAGCUGCGAGACUUGGGACCCAUUACUCGAAUAAUUCAUCGUUGGUUACUAGUUUGAGCAGCUCAAGAGAAGCUAGCCCGGACAAAACAGGCAAUACAAUGCUAUUUUCAAAGCCUCCACUUGCAUCAAAGCUCAUUACCUCAACAAAUGGUGCAUGGUUUCAAACAGCAGCCGAGCUGAGGCCAUCAACAACCUCCAUGUCUCAUUUGCCAGUUUUUGCAGCUUGGAAUGACACCUAAGAAAAAAACACUGUUGGGUUUUGUUGAAAGAGGUGAAAUUUUUGCAUGGACAAGGAAAAAAGAGAAGGGGAGAAAUAGGACUUUUCAUUGUGUUCAUCUUUUUACAUUAGUGGAGAAAAUUAGGGAUUUAAUGAAAUACAAUGAUGGGGUCAAUUUUCUUUAUCUUUUCUGCAACCCAAGUGUAUGAAACUUGUUGACCAUAAAAUUAAUAAAUCUCUUUCAGGUCCA